CCCGGUGAGUGUGGAUGGUAGCGGAGCGGCUCCGUCCCGGGCGCCGAUAGCCGAGUAAAGGGAGGAUGAGGUGGUACCGAGCGCUCCGGGGCCUCAGCGGGGCCGCGCACAGAGCCCUGCCGCUCAGACAGGCAGUCCUGCACCGCUGCGGCUUCAGCACCAGCGCCGCCGCACGGAAAGACUUCUUCCAGGACUUGGAGAGUCAGUUUAAAGCGUUCCGAGAGAAAGCGGCCGCAGCGAUGCCCGGCAGCGACUGGAGCCCCAUCCAGGUGACCAAAGGCCUGCCGCCGGAGCGGGCAGACAUCGUCAUAGUGGGAGGCGGAGUGAUGGGCUGGUCAGUCGCCUACUGGCUCAAGAAGAAAGAGAAGGUCCGAGAUGGAGUGAGAGUGCUGGUGGUUGAGAAGGACCCCACCUACUCUCAAGCCUCCUCUGUGCUGUCCUGCGGAGGCAUCCGGCAGCAGUUCUCCCUCAAAGAGAACAUCCUGCUCUCCUUGGCCUCCGCUGAUUUCUUGAAGAAUAUAAACGAUCAUCUCGGGGUGGUGAAUGAAGAUCCUGUUGAUUUGCAGUUCAACCAUUCAGGUUACCUAUUCCUGGCAAGCCCAGAUGUGGCGCCUAUCAUGGAGGAGAACUAUACGAUCCAAAGAGAUCUUGGGGCAAAAGUCAUCCUCUUGUCACCAACCCAGCUUAAGGACAGGUUUCCUUGGAUAAAUACAGAUGGAAUUGCCCUGGCCUCUUAUGGGCUGGAGAACGAAGGCUGGUUCGACCCCUGGACGCUGCUGAACGCGUUCAGAUGCAAGGCCAUGUCUAUGGGAGUCUAUCAGUGCUUUGGAGAAGUCACAGGGUUCAGAUGUUCCUCACAGAAAGCAGAAACCACCGAUGGAGACUUUGUAAACAUCAAAAGGAUCAAAUAUGUUGACGUGCGGAUGCCCAACAGUUUGGAGUACCAGCCUGUGGAGUGUGCAGUAGUGGUCAAUGCAGCAGGCGCCAGUUCUGGGAAAAUUGCUGACAUGCUCGGUAUCGGACACGGACCAAAGCAAACUAUGGCUGGCAUUCCGUUACCUGUGGAACCCAGAAAGAGGUUUGUUUAUGUGGUGCACUGUCCAGACGGUCCGGGCCUGGAGUGUCCAUUUUUGAUCGACUACUCCGGAUUUUACUUAAGACGAGAGGGUCUCGGAGGAAAUUACAUCACGGGGAUGUCUCCAGAGGAGACGGAGGAACCAGACGUCAGUAACCUGGACGUGGACCACGAUUUCUUUCACGACAAAGUGUGGCCGCUCCUGUGCCAUCGACUUCCUCCCUUUGAGUGCCUGAAGGUGUCAGGAGCGUGGGCGGGAUAUUACGACUACAACACGUUCGAUCAGAACGCCAUUGUGGGCACCCACCCUCUGGUCAACAACAUGUUCUUCGUCACAGGGUUCAGCGGCCACGGGCUCCAGCAGUCCCCCGCCGUCGGCCGCGCCGUGGUCGAGCUCAUUCUGGACGGAGGCUUCCAGACCAUUGACCUCAGCGCGUUUGACUUUAAACGCAUCCUGUACCAUGAGCCUAUACUGGAGAGGAACAUAGUGUGAGGAAGAAGGACGAAAUUAAAGGCAGUGGUUAAUGACGGCCAGUAUAUUGGACCCAAGAGAGGAGGUGAUGCACAUGGACGUCUGUUCCAAGCUGGAUUCACUACAGCAGAAGUGUCUGCUGAGACUUUCUCUUACCUCUCAACAAUGAUUAUAAAUCUUUGGGAAGUGAUUCAGUGCAUCAUAACAUCUCAAAUUUGACCAGAACUCAAUUCUCAAUAAUUUAUAUACAGUUAUAUGAAUAUAUAAUAUAUGGACUGUAGGGCUGUAGAACUAAAAUCACAAGUUCAGUUCCUGGUGAUGCCACAGGUCCACCUUCACGAAGCGUUGUCUAGAAAUUUCACACGCACUUUGCUCCCAUCCCCAUUUCGCCCAGAAUUUCUCGAGGUUCCCUCAGACGUUCUUAUAGACGUCACAGAGACCACUGACAUCAAAUUAGCAGUUAAUGUUCUCCUCCAAGCGCAUCGAGGUCCAAUGAUGUUGCAUUAGCCGCCGUUUCAAAAGAUGCGGUGGAGCUUCAUGUGUCUUGGAGGAAGCUGGUGUAGCCUUUGCCUGAGUGAGUACAUAAAUAAAACUGGGACUAUUUAUACAGUGGUAGGAUAUAAACCAAGGAAUAGUUUUUGUGUUUAAAAAUAGCUUUUAUUAGAUUUUUAUUUAGGGGAAAAAAUAUUCUAGACAUUAUUGAAUAUUAUUAGAAUUAUUAGAAUGAAAGCACUUGAGAUGUCACCUUCAGAUCAAUGCAUUUAUUUUAAUUUAAUUCAUUUUUCAGCCAGACAGGUGAGCAGAAAUCAAGCCAAACUCAUUAUAAAUACAGUUAAACCAUCCCCUGUAGAUCAAUGAGUUACACUGCUGCUACAAUCACUGGCCAUUUUAUCAGAAACACCUACAUAUAAGUGCACUUAGGUUUACUGUGUGUACCAGCCCUAAUCACACUACCAUGUCACUGCUGUUCUGAGAAGCUCAACACACAGAGGUUUUGUGGGGGUCCCUUUCACUGAAGGAUGAGGUAAAGGGGGCUGAACAGUUGCGCAGCUACAAGCCAGUGACUGUAAACAUACUGUGCAAAAGUCAGAGACCACCACUUCUGUCCAAAACCGGCUGUUCAGUACAAGUUACUCAUUUUUCUGUUUGGCUGGAGAUUAAAUAAAUGAAGGGUGGUCUCUGACGUUUUGCGCUGUGUAUAGUGGAGGAUUUAACUGGAGCGCUCAGGUAUAAUGAAGCAUUUCAGGUUUGUUUAUCACUGUUGUUGGAAGAAAAUCUCCAAAAUGGUCACUUUA